CCAGCUGACUCACCACGUGACUUUGCGGAAGUGAGAGUAUCAACAACAUGAGCAGAUCUUGAACCGUGCUGCGAGAAUGGUGCGCUGUUUAGCCUUGUUUUUCAUCGUUGGUUGUGUGAACGAAGUGUUGUGUAUUCAGGGUUCAUGCGGGGCUCAGUCAGAACCCGCCGCCCCGCAGGGAGCAGCCGGCUGCGGCUGUGAGAACCUGAAGAGAGCCGCUGCUGUGGAGCCCGUGGAGGACAGCACAGCUGCUGCAGACCCAGCUGACAAAUACUCAAGAGGCGCCAAUGAGAGGCCGCCAGAGGCUCAGGGAGAUGAGACGAAAAUACAAAGUCAGAUGGUGCUGAUUUCUGGAGGAGAGUUCCUGAUGGGAACGGACAACCCAGGUAUUUCUGCAGAUGGCGAGGGCCCUCAGAGGCUGGUGCAUGUGGACUCCUUCUAUAUGGACAUCCAGGAAGUCACUAACCAGCAGUUCCAGAGCUUUGUCAAUGCCACAGGAUACAUUAGCGAGGCAGAGAAAUUUGGUGACUCAUUUGUAUUCGAGGGGAUUUUGAGCGAGAGUGUGAAAAACCAAAUCACCCAAGCAGUGGCUGCUGCCCCCUGGUGGCUUCCAGUCAAAGGGGCCAACUGGAGACACCCUGAUGGUCCAGACUCUAACAUCACAGAUAGGCUGGACCAUCCUGUUCUACAUGUGUCCUGGGCGGAUGCAGUCAACUACUGCACCUGGGCUAACAGGAGACUUCCUACAGAGGCAGAAUGGGAGUAUGCCUGCAGGGGGGGCCUUGAAGACAGACUUUACCCCUGGGGAAACAAGUUGAACCCGAAAGGUCAACACUACGCCAACCUCUGGCAGGGGGAUUUCCCCAACCAUAACUCUGCAGAGGAUGGAUACAUCAAAACUUCACCGGUGAUGUCCUUUCCUGCCAAUGGUUUUGGUCUGUAUGACAUGGUGGGGAAUGCAUGGGAAUGGACCUCAGACUGGUGGACUGUGCAUCACACCACAGACCAGCAACACAACCCAACGGGUCCUCCGUCAGGCACAGACAAGGUGAAGAAGGGAGGGUCAUACAUGUGCCACAAGUCUUACUGUUACAGAUACCGAUGUGCAGCUCGUAGCCAGAACACUCCGGACAGCGCAGCCUCUAAUCUUGGUUUCCGCUGUGUCUCUCAAGGGCACCGCUGACCUGACCUGCUUGUCUUGAACACAGAGUCCUUUAUUCCAGCUGCUCUCUGACUCAAGUGUUGGUUGUAGAGUAAACCAUUGAAAGGGGUUUCAUCGAGGCUUUAUGUGCCAUUUCAUUGAGACUGUCUUCCAUUCCAGCAGGUAUUUUCAGAAAUGUGACAUUUUAUAACGUUAUAUAUUUUUAAAGAAAUUAAUAGAAAAGGCAGUUGUUUCUACGUCUCUGUUCUGAGGAGGUGGAGAGAGCAUUGAAUAACUCAAGUCGUUGUUUCUGCUUGGGUCGAAGAACUUUUCAGUGGCAAAGAUCAGUGUGGUCUUGUAAAUGUCAAAAAAGUAUUUGCAAGGUAUAGGUUGUCAUUAUCAGCCAACGGGCUGGCUGAAAUACAGACUAAAAGUCCAUGUAAACUAUACAUCCGAUGUAAAAUGACACUGUGCAAUUGCUGCAAGAUUAUUGUCAAGUAUUGUAAUAUAAUUUUUGCAAUCACUGAUAAAUCUGGGACGAAUGGUAUCCUAAAGAAUCCCAUUUGUCUUUCUCUUUGUGUGUGUAUCUGUCUGUUCUAAUUAGAAGUUAAUGAUUUCUUGAUUAUUUUUUGUUUUCUUUCAAGAAUUGUUUCAUAGAAUGUCCGUAGCCUGAAAAUGACUCAAUUUCUGAAUUAGCCAUAAUAAAAAAAGUUGUUUGGUUUUAA